GUAUCAUUUAAUUGAAAGCAGGUGAUAGUGAAAGAAUGAUGAAAGAUAUGGUUGAUACCGACAGCUUCACUGUCUGUUGUUUCCAAAUGUCAAAAAUUGUCUCUUUCUCUCCCACGUAUAUAAUCCACCCAAACCCACCAAUCUUCAAUGCUCAAAUCACCUUACCUGAAAGAAACAACACAACAAAAUGGUGCGAAACGUCGUCGCAUUAGCUCCCACAAUCAUGAUGUCGUUGUCGUCGCCGAGGGACAUCGUAUUUGGCCCCGAUGACCUCCCUUUUGGCACAGUUGAGUGGUUCGCUUACGCCGGAUUGUCGUGCUUGUUGGUGAUCUUCGCCGGGAUAAUGUCGGGACUUACCUUGGGGUUGAUGUCUUUGGGUCUCGUCGAGCUUGAAAUUCUACAGAGAAGCGGUACCAUCGUCGAGAAGAAACAAGUUUCUGCUAUUUUACCAGUCGUGAAAAAACAGCAUCAACUUCUUGUAACUUUGCUUCUUUGCAAUGCUUGUGCAAUGGAGGCCCUUCCUAUAUCCCUUGAUAAAAUCUUUCACCCCUUUGUUGCAGUGUUGCUGUCUGUUACUUUUGUUCUAGCCUUUGGAGAGAUUAUUCCACAAGCAAUAUGUUCAAGAUAUGGACUCUCUGUUGGUGCAAGUUUCGUGUGGCUUGUGCGUAUUCUGAUGAUAGUUUGUUAUCCAAUUGCUUACCCUGUUGGAAAGGUUCUAGAUGUUGUGAUUGGCCAUGGUGAUGUUUUCUUUAGACGAGCUCAGUUAAAAGCCCUUGUUUCUAUCCACAGCCAAGAGGCUGGCAAGGGUGGUGAACUAACACAUGAUGAGACAACCAUCAUUAGUGGUGCACUGGAUUUAACUGAAAAGACUGCAGAGGAGGCUAUGACACCAAUUGAAUCGACAUUUUCCUUGGACGUAAAUUCGAAAUUGAAUUGGGAAGCAAUUGGAAAAAUUCUUGCACAUGGUCAUAGUCGUAUCCCCAUUUAUGCCGGGAAUCCAAAAAACAUCAUUGGGCUAUUAUUGGUUAAAAGUCUUCUCACUAUACGAGCUGAGAUGGAGACUCCGGUCAGUUCUGUUUCAAUCCGGAGGAUUCUUAGGGUUCCAGCACAGAUGCCUUUGUAUGAUAUCCUCAAUGAAUUUCAAAAGGGAAGCAGUCAUAUGGCAACUGUAGUGAAGGUUAAAGGAAAGACCAAAGACCUUCAAUUUGUUGAUGAUGGAGAGAGAUUUGGCAAUCAUAAAGUCACCAACCGGAAUUCUCAACUAACUGAUCCUUUGCUGACCAAACAAGAUAGUGUUUUAGUCGAUGUCGAGAAAUCUUCAGCCGUCAAGGAAACUAUGAAUACUUUGCAACGUUUUUCAGAGGAUACCGAAGAUGGGGAAGUCAUUGGUAUCAUUACCUUAGAAGAUGUAUUUGAAGAACUUCUUCAAGAGGAAAUUGUAGAUGAGACCGAUGUAUAUGUUGAUGUACAUAAAAGGAUACGCGUCGCUGCUGCUGCUGCUGUUGCUUCAUCUGUUGCACGGGCUCCAUCGGAUCGAAGAUUGAUCGGCCAAAAGCCUACAGGUGUUCAAAGCAAGCAAGCCAAAUGAACAAAGAAGAUUCAAGAACUGGGAGAUCGCUAGUUUAACCAGGGAACCCUUUGCAGUUACCAUCUAGAGAUCUUAGCUAGUCGAAAUAGAAUCGGAUUCGUGUGUUUUUUCGAUCUUGCUUUUGUCUGUUGUAAAUUCUCGAAUUAGUUUGUGUAUAUUGCAGAUUAUGCAUGUAGUUCAGAGUGAGAAAAUUAGGGGAAGUCUUGUAUGUGGUAGUGUUACUAGUUCCACCAGCAAAACCGGCUACCUAUGUAUGAAUAUGAACCCUAAAUAUGGUUUUCUUGUACUCAGAA